UGCCAAUGGCCGUCUUUCGUCGUCAGCUGCCUGUACCGGUAAAGGCAUCACUGAUAACUGAGCAUAUUGUAUGUCAGCUAUGCUGUGGCUACAUCAUCGAUGCUACAGUUGUUGUGGAGUGCCUUCACACAUUUUGUCGUAGCUGCAUUGUAAAGCACGUCAAACGGCCCGAAAAGAGGCAUCGCUGUCCGGUUUGUAACGUACUGAUCGGAGAAGCUCAGCCACUGGCGGGACUGAGGUUGGAUAGAACGUUGCAGGAUAUCAUAGACAAACUCUUACCACAAGUCAGAGAGAACGAAGAACAGAAAGAGGAAAUUUUCAAUGCAACCAGAAACGUAGAGAACACGGCAUCGGCACCCAUCAAACCUUCCUUGUCGCGAAGUAGCCCUGUUGAACGCCUAUUGCCGCCAGUGACGGAAGAGAAGAUUACAUUGUAUAUCAAACCAUCACAGUUGCAGCAGAGUGCUGACCUAGACAAGAGAAUGCCAGAGUUUACGUCAUAUCUACGCUGCUCGUCUCACAUGACGGUUUUACACUUGAAACGAUUUGUUGUUGAGAAAACGGGUUCGAGUUGUGAUGACAAGGAGCGGUUAGACAUCCUCUGUCGUGGCAACGUACUACGAAACGAGCUGACACUAGAAUUCAUAUGGAGAAUCCGUUGGGGAGACUUGAGUUCAUUGCUUGUUCUUGAGUACACAUACACGGACAAGGAUCCUAAUGAGGACUCAGAGAUGCUCGCCACCACCACUACUAGUGCCAAAGACAUUCGGAAACGCAGACGCCGCAAACGGGGCGGAUACGCUGUGAAGAAAAUGGCAAGACAAGUGGAAGAGAACAGAGAAGAAGAGAAGCAAUCCGAUAGAGACGCCGAGCACGUCGUGAACAAAAUGGCAACCGCGCAGUCAAGCGCUUCGUCAAGCAGCUGAACAACUCUAAUGGAAAUUUAUGAUUUUAAUUAAGUUAUGUGAAUGAGAUGAAGAUGACGACCAUUUUUGGAUGAAUGUUUGCUAACGUGCUAGGCAGCUGAUGAAUACACACAUCAAUAUGUAAUGCCUCACACAGUGACAGUUGUGGUAAUUUUAAGUUAACUUUAGUACACACUGCAAUGCCUAGCUACUAACCUAGGGGUAUGCACCAGUCACGUGACUCAACGCGUUUAAAAAUGGUAUUGGCACGCACAAAUUUUCACUCUUGAGACACAUUGUGAACUAUUUCUCCGAGUGUGUAAUUUAUCACAUUGAUUUGAAUCUAAUA